UUGCGCGCUCAUUGCUCAGCAGCGUCGGGAGGCUUUGACGACAUUCCUGAGCUCCCUGUAGAGCGCAGCCUCUUCGACAAGCUCAAGGCGCGCAUCCAGCUCGCAAAGCAGAUCGAUACGGCGCAGCACCGCGUGAAGAAGGAGAAGCACGAGCGGAAGUGGAUGCGCGAGGCCGCGGACGCGAUGGAGGUCGAGCUCGACUCGGACUUCAUCGACUCGGAGAGCGAAGCGCCGAGCAAGCGGCAGAAGAAGGCGUCAAACACGAAGGCGGCGGCGCUCAAGGCACAGCUGACAGAGCUGCUAGCGCAGCCACUGAUCGCUCUUGGCGUGUCGACGAAGUAUAUCACUUCGGGGAGUCGGCUCAUUGUUGACGAUUUGUAGGCGGGAGAGAGCAAUGACUCACUCAUCGGGUUGAAGAAGUCGGAAGCGCGCAAUGACCUUGUUCAUCCCAAGAAGAAAAGAAAGCAGCCGUCAAUGGUAUGAUUAGGUAGUAUGGUGGGACGAAUAUGCACUUUUAUUUACUGAACAAGUAUGGGCUCUCAUCUACGCGCGCAGACCUGGUACUCGAAAUUACUCAGCAUGAGCAAGGCAUGCAUGCUUUUUAG